AUGGCACCAUCCAGAGCAUUGCUGGCUCCGCGUCAUGUAUGCACACACUGGGUGCAGGCACUUGGUCUGCGACGGCAGUACAGCGCAACGACAAAUCUCUUCUACGCCGAAGCGUCAUGCCUCCCGCGAGUCGCAACGCCCUCCUUCUGCUCAUCUUUGAUCCCGAGCUUCUUGCGGCGGCCUGCUAGCAAGGCGGCAGCUGUACGCAGGGCAGAGAUCCGCGAUGCUGGCGCAGACGAGCGACGCACUGGCCUCAUCUUCCUGUUCCUGGGCAUUUUCGUUGGCUCCAAUGCCAUCAACAUUAUCGGCAUUCGAAGGGAGAUGCUGAACUUCACCCGCCAGACAGACGCGAAGCUGGAACUGCUACGCGACGUCGUACAGAAAGUGCAGAAUGGAGAAGACGUCGACGUGAAGAAGGCGCUCGGCACUGGUGACCCUGAACAGGAAAAGGAGUGGGAGCAAGUGAUGCAGGAGCUGGAGAAUACGGAUAUGCUGUGGGAAGGGCGGAAGAAGAGAGAUGCGAAGCGUGCCGCAAAGGCUGAAGAAAGGAGGCUGAAAGAUGAAGAGAAGACCCGAGCGAAGGAAAUGGCCCAACAUUCUCCAGACAGCAACAACGAGGCACCUAAGACAUCGAGGCCCAAGUUUUUGAUGUGA